AUGGCAGACAAAUCGCAGGCCUUUGAAUUCAUCUCCGUAUCUGGGAAAAACAUCAAAGGCGACGCGGUCACGCGAAAGCGCGUUCGUAGUCGUGCACAGGCUGACUACCGCCGGAAGAACCCCCCGCCACCGAGACUUGCUUUGACGCACGAGUUGGACGUUGGGGAAUGGCUGCAAGUGGUAUCGCGAGAUGCGAAAAAGGUUGGAAGCGGCCAAUUAAUAUCGCAGCGAGCCGGGAGACAGCGGCCGACUUGUGAUGGCGUCGCGUCGCCCCGGCCGCCGCCGUUUGAUCACGGCGGCGCCGACAUUUUCCAGCUCAUGGGCCCAGAGGAGCGAAAACGCGCCCAAGUACUCUGGCAGCACUUGUAUGGGGGAACGUGCGUCGUGUUCAAGUCGAUGGUCGAGAUCGGCUUUCUUCACCUACUCAGGGGAUCUGCGGCUCUUACACAGAUGCUCUCGACUUCAGCCUGGCACAUGAACAACGAGGCAGGGGGCGCUCCUUCAAGCGCAGUAGAGCAUGCCAGAUACUCAGUAAUGGCAACCAGGUCACUGUGCCACAUGCUGUCUGAGCCAUCCAAGCGAGUCACGAUUGAGACAAUUGUUGCCAUCCUGACCUUCGCAGCCUAUGCGAACUUAACUAGCGACCCAGAGCUAGUCAAUAUUCAUCUCGACGGCCUGUGCCACUCACUGAGCUACGUUGGCGGCCUGCAGGCUAUUGACAAUCUGCCAGUUCUCCGAACUAUGAUCUUCUGGUUUGUUACCGAGGAAGGGCUCCAAGAUACGUGGGUGCAUCAAGUCUAA